UUUCGUCAUAAGGAUUUGUACAAUACAUAAGGUGGCAGUUAAAUGUUGCCCCUUUGGCAGUGGUUUGAGGGCAGUUUAGUUCAGAUGUCAUCAGGGUUUGCAUAUGUGUCCAUAAAAAUAGAUAAAUUAGAAGAUUAAAUGUUCUAAACGGAUAAUUAUGCAAAAUAAUUUGUAAUCGAGGAUAAUUCUUAAUUAAAACCCACUCAGGGUUUGUCUGAAGCUCUCGCACAGUAAAACUUGAGGUAUUUGUGAAAUUACAAGUGAUAUGGAUCUAGAUAAGAUCUGUGGUUGUCACUAAGGUAUCACAGCCACUCUGAAAUCUAAUAAGUGCAAAACGGCCCAUAAACUCUUGUAAGUAGCUUUUACAGCUAUGAGUGAUACAGGCACAUGGCAAGGUCGCCAUAGCAACUCAAAAAAGCAUUUCCUCCUGCUGUUUGUGAAGGUUAGGGGAAAUGUCAGGUCAUUCACUUAGGUGCUCCUUCCUGAUCUAAUGAUGCAUCAUUCAGUUCGAUGUCUGGCGUUUCUCCUGAUGGAUCAGAAAACUUCUCUGCUGAUGCUGCGGUCUCCUCGGAGGGUGCAGCAGUUGCAGUGUCAUGGGCAGGAAAAGCAGUCACAUAUCCUGUAAAGCUAACCCAAGAGCCUCGCCUGAGCUGCCAAACAGAAAAUGACUCAGAGAAAUGGAGCCAAGAGCUCGGGUGAUGGCCGGCUUCUCACAGAGGCCUCCAAGGCUUUGGAGCUGUCCAAGGGCAUGGAGCACCAGGAGGCGUGGGAGGCAAAUGACUGCGAGUUUGAGGAGGGAGGGCAAGGACGCCAAAGCAGAAGCACCGAGGCUGCAGCCGAUACUGGUCCAGAUGGCGGCUGGGGAUGGGUGGUGCUGGUAGCCACCAUCAUGGUCUUGGCCUUGACCUUGGGGUUUCCCUCUUGUGUGGGAAUCUUCUACACAGACCUGCAAAAUGAGUUCCAUGCCACCAACAGCGAAACUUCCUGGGUGCCGUCCAUCAUGACGUCCGUGCUCCAUGCAGGAGGGCCUUUCUGCAGUGUGCUGGUGGAGAAGGUGGGCUGCAGGGCCACCGUCAUGUUGGGCGGAGUCCUCAGCGGGGUUGGGAUGGCCGCCAGCUCCUUCACCCGCUCCAUCACCGAGCUCUACAUCACUGCUGGAGUCAUUACAGGACUUGGUUUUUGCUUCAGCUUCCAGCCUGCCGUGACCAUCCUGGGUCACUACUUUGUGCGCCGUCGGCCCUUUGCCAACGCCAUGUCCUCCUCGGGGACGGCUCUUGGCAUCUGCACUCUGCCGUUUCUGGGAAACUACCUCCACACGGAGUAUGGCUGGAGGGGAAGCUUCCUGGUUUUGGGGGCCGUCCUCCUGAACUGCUGCGUGUGCGGAGCGGUGAUGAGGCCCCUCCCAUCAACCAAGCACCGUGGACAGCCAUUGAUGAAGCGCGGGCCUCCGCCAUCAGACCAGGAAAAUGAGAGGACACGAAAAGGGGGGUGCGGGAGGGUGUGGAGCUUUGUGUUGGCCUCCCUGAGGAAGCACAUGGCCUUCGAUCAGCUCUCCAACAACCCCCGAUACUGUGUGUUCGCCAUCGGCAUCACCUGGAUGAUGCUCGGGUUUGUGGUUCCCUUGGUGUUUUUGGUUCCCUACGCCACCGCUCACAACAUGGAACAGAGCCAGGCCGCCUUCCUGCUCUCCAUCCUGGGAAUUGUCAACAUUAUAGUGCGACCACCGUUUGCCAUAGUCUUCAACAUGCCCUGGUUCAAGGGGAGACACAUCUACGUCUUUGCCUCGGCGCUGUUGGUUAACGGGCUCAGUAACAGCAUCUGCUGCAUCGGGUCGAGCUUCCCCGUCCUGGUGACCUAUGUGGUCAUCUAUGGGCUCUCUAUGAGCGUGGUGGGCUCCCUCAUGUUUACCGUCCUCAUGGAUAUCGUGGAGAUGAGCCGCUUCCCCUCCGCUCUGGGUCUCCUCGCUGUUAUGGAGAGCGUCACGCUGCUGAUCGGACCUCCUCUGACGGGCGUGCUGGUGGAUAACACCGGGGAGUACUCUUAUGUCUUUAUUGCCUGCAGCACCAUCGUUGCCUCGUCUGCCUUGUUCCUCAUGGCGUCAUUCUUCUUCCUGGACAAAAAGGAGAGGGCGGCAUCGCAGCAGGGCAAGCCCUUCGCCCAGCCCGACCCCACCCGGCCCGCCGCAGCGGACGCCUCCCCCGGCUGCAUUUACAGCGGCGUCCCCACAGAGGGAGGCAAAAACAAGGGCUCCCCCAACGGGGCGGAGUACAUCACCAACGUCUGAACCUGCUCGCCAUCACCUUUCCCACAGUUGCACUUUGGGUCAGUUUGAACGUUAGUGGUGCUAACUCGGUAGAAAAACACGUUUGCACCGUUUGACCAAAGUUAUUUACCAAAAUGAAAAAUCGUGCACUUAAAAAAACAAUGUGGUUGAACCGUUUUUCUGCUGCUGGUCUUAUGCGUUCCAUCACUCAAACCAUCGCAUAAAAGAAGUGACUGCAGACGGCUGCUGACAUGGUAAAUUAUGAGUGAGUCAUGAAGAAUGACAGAAACAAGACCGAAACGAAUAAUUUCUUGCCAAUUAGUUGAGAUGCACAAUCUAUAGAAAAAAAAACUUUUGAACCUUUUUGAAAGCUUUUAUUUAAACAUUUUAGUAACAAUUUUUGAAGGUUUGAUUUCUUCAUAUAGAUGAAGAAUCAUUCAACUGUGAGAUUCUCAUAUAGAUCCGAAACGUAACCUCAAACUGUUAAUCUAUCUAAAGUACAGCAGUUAUUUGGUCUUUUUGGAACCGUUCAUUCUAAAAGGUAUAAAAGACUUUUUUGUUUAAUGGAAUUUUGUCACUUGGGUUCCGAUUUAAAAACAAAAAAAGAUAGCCAGAGACGAGUGCAGAGCGUGAACAAAAAAAAACCCCCAGUGGCUCAGUCGAAUGUUUUACUUUACUCUAAACAUCACAUCAGAGUCCUCAGCGUGUCAGAAAUACAAUCCAGUCAGGGUUGAUUCUGUUCAAAGACCUGAAGAAGUAAAAAAUGCAAAUUGUGUUUUUUAUCCACGUUCUGGAGUAGAUGCCGAUGUUUUUUUAGCUGAAUUAUCGCCUAUAAAAGUGAGAAUAAAUACAAAAGGAUAAUAAGAACCUAUGUACUUUGUGGUUGGAGAUGAUUUUCCUGCAAACAUCUUUGAUGAUGAAUUUAAAAAGUGUUUGAUGUUAUCCAGACAUUUAAAGAGCAAAACCGAACACAUUCUCUGAUCUGGUAUUCUGGUAUUGAAAGCAAAGCAUCAAACUGUUGAGCUGCCUCUGAAAUGAACUCAAAUUUAAAGAGUUUUUGAACUACAUAAAGUAAAAAAAAUGUUUUUCAAAGGAGGAAAAAGUUUUCCUUUUGAUUUGUUGGGAUAUGUUGUUGGUUUUGGUCUUGCAUUUUGUUUGUUCAGAAGAAAGCCUCAAGAUAUUUGGAAAUCCGCUGCAGUUAGGAGUUGUUUUUUUUUGUUUUUCUUUUUUGUGAGUGAUGUUAAAACUGUUUUUGUCCACUUUUCUGAGACGCAGUCAUUUUGUAUGCACAGCACGUUGACGUUUCUACAUUUGACCCACGUUGAGCUGCCUUAGAUCAUUGCUGAUGCUCGUUAAACCGUUCACUGUCGUGUAGACGCUGAAAAUGUUCCGCUGUAAAUCAGAGAUGCUCUUACUCCACUUCUCACUCGACAGCAACAGUGCCUUUUCUCAAAGCUGAUGUGUUUCUAGAAAAAAAAAGAGCCAUAUGCGCAGGAUCAUAUCACUCCCUCUCAGGGUCGCAGGUAGUUUUAUAUCCUGGGUGAGGUGUGUGCAGCAAUCCCUGCGAGACGGUUAGCAUUAUCCAAGUUUGAUGACACUGAAGCUGCCUGUAUCUUAAGCUCCAAAAAUGAUCGAUUCACUGUAAGCAAUGCUGGUUAAAUAAAGCCAGAAGUGACUUUGUCAGGUGUUGUAGUGGAUGGAGUAAAGAAACAAGUUAACCAGCAUGUUAUUUACGUCAAAUGAUUUGCUGUCAAAUGUUAGCACUUUUCAUUUUGUGGGCCAAAAUAUAUCUUUAUUACAGAUUAUUUAUGCAUUGUGAUUGGGGGGGAAUAAAUGUUUAGAUAUUA